AUGGCCUUAAUCAAGGUAAGUCCCGCCUCUGAUCAUUCUCACUUCACACAUGAGACACAUUGGUGGCUCUGCUUGGAGCACUUCGUCCCUGGGUCUGGCUGGGAAAUCAAUAUUCUUCGCAGUCGCUUCAUCUUGUCUGACAAUAUACAGGUUCCACCCGUUCUGUCUGGGGCCGCCGCGGAGUUUUUUCCCGACGACCUUUCUGACGGUGUUGACGGUGUGCGUGAUCACGUUUCUGUCAAAGUCGAUAACCCGAACAUGGAGUCUGGCAGCGCUGGGGAAAAGGCCGAUUCUCACUCCAAGGGCUCCCGUUCCCAGGGCAUUGCUGCUCCUGGUGAUUUCCUGGCCCAAUUCCACAAGUUGCGUAUUCUCAAGGAGAAGGCGGCCAAGGCUGCUGCUGCUGGUGUUGUCCGUCGUGUUGUGUUUGGUGACCUGCCCGAGUGGGCCACUAUUUCUCGCAUCUUGUUGUUGACUCACGGAGGUGCCAUCGAGCAAGCCUGGUCCGAGGAUGGUACCGUUGUGGUUCAGUUCGUUGAAGAGAAGGAGUGUCUUGACUACCAUGAGAAACACUCUGCCGGUAUCAAGUACAUGGCCGCUGAUGGCAAUGAGGCUGUCAUUACUGUCACCCUGCCCGAGGAGGGUCUUCCUGACAAUGCCGCCCUGGCGGAUCGAGUUGCUGAAGGUGCUUCUCGUGUUGUGUGUCUCGCCGGCAUCGCUCCUGGUUUCAAGGUUGGCGACGACGAUAUCUCUGUUCUGGGCGUUCUUGCGCAAGAUGGAUGGGAGGGAAUGAAGUUCGAGCGGAUCCUGAUUACCCAGGCCGAGUCCGGUGUUGAUGUCACCAUCUCUUUCUACGACCUGCAUGAUGGCUGGAAGUUCAUGCAGGACAUCAAAGAGGGAACUUAUGAUUGCAUCCCCCGAUUCGAAGUUGACCCUUGCGCUCUUGCGUCGACUUACCACUUCAUCGAUGAGCCCAACCCUGCGUUCGAGGCGAUUCGUGGUUAG